AUGACCUUAUCGACGCCACCAACACCGAUACCUGUAAUGGUUACUGCACCCGAUGAUUUGUCACGCUGCAGCAGUGGAAAAAACGAAGUUAGCUGUCUAAUGGUACUUAUGACCGGUCACGAACCCGCGAAGAGAGACCAACGAGGAUUACCGACGUGGAUUCUCUACAAGAUCAUCGACGACGGGCGGAUGGCUGUCUCGAGAACGAGCUGGAACGACGGACCUAUAGGAACUCGAAGUGAGCAAUCGACGCAUGCGUGA